AAAUUCUAUAGACCACAACAAACAUUAACGGGGCCAUCGCCGGCAACUGCGGGUUGUCAAUCGCUCCAUCGAGCGGUCCGUUGUGUGGUCGCUUGGUGCCCCGAACCGAGCUGAUGAUCGAAGAUCAUCUUGAAUCUCCAUUCUUCGCCGUCUCCAGUCCCAGACCCCCCAGUCGGGCGUGAGCGUUUUGUCUUUUCUGUUCUUUAAUCUACGUUUCUUGCUUCUUGUGAACUCCGUGUCGUCGAUUAUACCGCCAGCCUUACCGGGUCGCCGCCCGCAGGUUUAAUCGACAGCCCGACCUUAAUAACUGGUGUAUAGUGAUAAUAAUGAACUAAUCUGCACAACAUGCGCUCGACCGGACCUUCAACGAGUCUCCCAGCACGGAGAGCUCUCCACGAGCGCAAUCCGUCCCAGACGAACGAGUCCUCCCCACCAGCGUCCCUCCGAGCCUCGAGUAAUAAACACGCCGGUCAGGAAGAACACGAUGUGUACUCAGCUACGCCGUAUCCGACCAAGCCCGAGCAGAUUCUCCUCCCGCGGCCCGGAAAAGGACAUGAAUUUAUCCCGGAUUCCCGAUUCCAUCUCGACGAAGCACCGGAUCAUUAUGCUGGGAAUACCUCGACGGAGUUAAGCCACAUCGCCGACAGCAGCUUUUUCCAGCGGUCCGCCAGUGAUCCUUGGGAUUUAUCCUCGACGUUCGAUGCCGCAAACACCCCGUCGCAAGUAUGGGAAGACGAUCCGUUGUCGAGCAAGUCAUCAUUCCCCGAUCUCUUGCCUCCAGAAGACAAACCCAGCGGCCCCAAGUCCGAUUCCGCUUCUAUUGCCGCUUAUUCAGAUGAGGAACCGAAUACAUUACCCCUGGUCCCUCCAACAAUCAAGCCCGUGAUGUCACGAACCUCAUCGCGUCACCCAUCUGGUCCGGAAAUCCUUGGCUCAGGCCAUUCUAGCCCGAACGUGGUUCCUAUCGGACCUCCAUCUAGUCCGAACUUCGUGGCCCUCGACAACUCGAGUUUGAACUUUGUGCGCCUUGGUGCCUCUUCAAAUCCAGGCUCGGUUACUCGAUCUAACUCCUUAUCGUCUUUAAAUUCCUUGGGAACGGUCAUCAGGUAUAUCGGAGCGGCUCAAUGGACUCACGGUUCAUCCUCCGAACAAUCGAGCUCGCUUUCGCGUUCACGCUCACAGUCAUUCCGGUCUAAUCCCUCCAAUCAGGUGCACCCAGUCCAAUCGAACUCAACGCUUCCACGCGGGCGGAGCCAUUCUCGCUCUCUCACAUCCUCAUCGCGGAGCGGGCCGAAUUCCGAUAUCCAGGCGAUCGUCGACAGCGGGGUUUUCUUGCAAUAUCCGACAAUACGCGCUCCUUCAUCGUCAAGCUCAAGGGUCGAUGUAUCUACUUCCGAGGUUGUCGCGGAGCCCAUCCCCCCGGAACCUACCACUGAUUUCUCUUCGGAUCGCUUCAAAACUCAUUUGUCGACAGUCACAUCUCGAUGGUCGGCAGAGUGCGAUUCGAACUAUGCUGAAGGAUCUAGCAACAACUCUCUGGCAGAGCCUAGACGGCCUUCUCCAGCCCUGGUCCGCCCAAAGCCAACGUCUUCAUCUGUGUGGCUUGUGAAUGAAGUGGAGGACUCGGACGGCGACGAACAGCAGGACGAUGUGGCAAACUUGCCCGCGCGCCCCUCGAACCCAGCAGUGCCCAGCAGCCUUUCGUCCGGAUCUAGAUCCCGACGAAGCAGUAUGCGAAGCACCAAGCGGCCGGGAACAAGUUCGACCAUCCAUAACAUUUUGCCCAACUGGGCUAGGAUGUACUAUGGGCGCUCCGAAGCGCAACCUGCCCAAUCAGGUUUACCCACGGUAGAGGGAAGUCGCCCACCAUCCUUACGGCCAGCUACGGCGAGUACAAAUGGCGCUCUUUACCGCAUGCCCACAGCUCACAGCCAUACUCGAACAAUGACUAGUGACCUCCGAAGCGUACGGUGGGAGGCACCACCGAGCGAUCCACGCGACCCUCGAAGCCAUUGGGUAAAAGAUCCAGAACUCGAAAGAAGGGACACCCGCAAUCGGCUACGCAGCAGCUGGUCGCCACACCUGUUGCCUGAUCGACGUGCGACGGGCCCACGGAAGGGCACGCGGGGAGCUCCAUCCCUCGACUCCAGGAUGGAACCUCUAUUCGGUCGGCGAAAUAUCCAAGUCUGGUCAUUUUGUGUUGGGUUCAUCUUCCCUCUUGCCUGGCUGGUCGCCUCAUUCCUCCCUUUGCCGAAACAAUCGGAAAUGGUCAUGCAGGAUGACCCCGAGUCCCAGCUCGAAACAAGCCUACGUAUGCGACUUUUCGACCUUCAGAGAAGACGCUACGAAAAUGCCCGAUGGUGGAGAAAGCUCAACCGGUGGAUGAACCCUUUGGGAUUAGUAAUCGUCACAAUUGUGAUCACUUUAGCAGUUGUCGGUACAACAGUGGGCUUCUAGGGUUGAUCAAAAACCUGAGCCCCCUGUUCUAUGUUCUUUGCAAGUCCAUCGCGCUUGCAGCUUCUGCCUGAUCAGGGCGCCGAGGUACAUCGGCUGCCUUGGCGCUCCCUGCGCAGGCCAUGCCUGCGCCUGCAUUGCAUUGUGUAUGCUCGAAUUGACUUUCGCAUCGCAA